CUUGUUGCCGGAAGUCGCCUUGUCAGCAUGGAUCUGGAGAAGUUCGAGCAGGACAAUACUCGGAGCUGUCUCCUGGCCUCUCCGGUACCGGAUCGGUGCCGGGAGGAGCCGUGCUGCCUGGGGAUAGAUGAAGCCGGCCGGGGACCCGUACUCGGUCCCAUGGUGUACGGCAUCUGCUAUUGUCCUGUUUCGCGGAAGAAAGACUUGGAGGAGCUGAAAGUUGCAGACUCCAAGACGUUAAGUGAGCCUGAGAGGGAGCGGCUCUUUAAGAAGUUGGAUGGUUCUUCGGAUUUCAUCGGCUGGGCUCUGCAUAUACUGUCCCCCAACGUCAUCUCCACCAGCAUGCAGCAAAGAGCAAAAUAUAAUCUCAAUGCCUUAUCCCAUGACACUGCAAUAGGCCUGGUUCAGCAUGCUCUGGACUGUGGCGUCCAAGUUACAGAGGUGUUUGUGGAUACUGUGGGUCCUGCCGAUAAAUAUCAAGAAAAACUGAGUAAGCUUUUCCCCGGAAUAGAAGUGACUGUGAAGCCCAAAGCUGAUUCCCUUUUCCCUGUGGUCAGUGCAGCAAGUAUCUGUGCAAAGGUUGCCAGGGAUAGAGUGGUAAAAGGCUGGAAGUUCCUGGAGGACUUAGGUGAAAUCAAUGUUGAUUAUGGCUCUGGAUACCCAAAUGACCCAAAGACUAAGGAAUGGUUGGCUAAACAUCUGGACCCUGUAUUUGGAUAUCCCCAGUUUGUUCGGUUCAGCUGGAGCACUGCGCAAUCCAUCCUAGAAAGCAAAGCUGCCCCUGUUCUAUGGGGUGACGAUGAAGAGGACGCAGGUAAAUCUUCCUCACAUUCCCUGCUCUCCUACUUUGCUGCUUCGAAGGAACCUUCAAAGCCCCAACGUCACAGGUUCUUCAUGGAGAGACAGCUGGAGCCCCUGGUUGAUUUGUAGAACAGAUUUACUAUGAAGUACCCCAAGAAUAUUACCUGUCGUAGGCCUGGCAACACAUUAGUAUCAUAUCCAAAUACUGCCCCCCUCCUAUUUGAAAGGGGGGAAAUUUUGCUAAAAAUCAACCAAACCUCUACCCUACUAUAAACUGCUUUCUUCCUCCAGAAACGGAGCCACUCCUGUCCAUUGUCUGGUAUUGCGCCACAGCCACGUAUCCGAUCCAGACCUUGGACAACAGUGACCCUCUUUCUGAAAGAAGGCAGCCAUGUUUUUUUUAAUCUAAACAUUGUUCCACAUUUACUACUCCUAACAGGCAUAGAUUUGGUUUUCCGACCAUUAGAGUACAUUCACACGACCGUAUGUAUUUUAUGGUCUGCAGGAUGUGUAUCGUCUGUGUGACCAUCGGGAUGCGGAAAGCAAACGGAUGACAUUGUAGAAAUAAUUAUUU